AUGGCACAGAACAUGAAGGCCCUGGUGCUUCACGGUCCAAAGGACCUCCGGCUUGAGGAGGUACCAAGACCAGAAGCAGGACCAGGCAGCGUAGUUGUCCAAGUGCUGGCAGCUCCCCUGUGGGAUUACCUGGCCGAAGUUAUUGACGGGACUCGCCAAUACCCUCUCGCCUUCCCGCUCAUCUUCGGCACUUGCUGUGUCGGGAGAAUCACACAAGUCGGACCCGACGUCAAGGCGCUGCAGCCCGGAAGCCUCGUCUUCUGCGACUACAUUGUACGUCUUAGAGAUGCUCCCGAGGAAAGAAUCGUCCUAGGCUACCACGGUGGACAAACACCGCUCGAGCAGAAGCUCUCGUCCGAGUAUUGGAAAGACGGCUGCUUUGCCGAGUUUGCUCGCUUCCCAACUGAGAAUGUGCACCAACUGGACGAGAAGGCGCUCGAGCAAAAUGGCAUUUCUCCCUACCAAAUGUCCGAGCUAGCAGCCCUUAUCCCGGCCAUGGGCGCCGUCAACUCGAUCGGCAUCACCGCCGGCGAGACGGUCCUCGUGGUCCCGGCCACGGGGUACUUUAGCUCCAGCGCCAUUGUCGCGGCGCUCGCAGUGGGCGCCACCGUCGUUGCCGGCAGCCGCAGCAAGGACAAGCUGGAUGCUCUGGUCGCGCACUUUGGCGACGACGGCAAGAGGAUCCGCCCCGUUGUCCUCACUGGGGAUGUGUACGCCGACUGUGCGGCGCUGCGCGCGGCCACGCCCGGUGGAAAGGGUGCCGAUGCCUAUAUAGACUAUUCGCCGCCCAUGGCGGCCGGCACAACCCACAUUGAGGCUGGUUUAUUGGCCCUCAAACGGCAUGGAAGGUGCUGUUUCGCCGGUGUCAUCAUUGACAACGUGCCGAUCCCGUAUGCUGUCGUCAUGGCUCAGUGUUUGACGAUCAAGGGUCAAUUUGCGCAGGAAAGAGACGAUACUGCGCGUGCAGUCAGGCUAAUCGAGGCUGGCAACUUGACCUUGCGAAAGGACAUUAUUGCUCAACAUCCACUGGAAGAGCACGCCGAGGCCUUGAAGUUGGCGGCUGAAUCGGGAGGAUGGAAGAAGCUCGUCCUCUUCGCUCCGAAAUAG